AUGGUGGCGGAAAAUCAUUACCCAACGACCGAUGAGCUGACUGGUUACCAGAAGGAGAAAAUUGAAGAGCUACGAUCAAGAACAAAAGAUAUUUUAGCCAAGUAUCCGGAAUACGAUACUGAUUUUUCGCUUCUGCGUUGGCUUCUAGGAUGGGAUUAUAAUAUUGAUCAAAUUGUACCCAAGCUAAAAUAUGCUGUCGAGACACUUGUCAAUCUCGGAAUGCAUAAGCAGCCAACUAAAUCGUGCGACGAAAUCAACGAGAUGAUUCGUAAUCUUUCGAAUGCCGCGGAAUAUUUUCCAGGUGGAAUAAUGAGCCAGAGUAAACGAGGGGAUGUCGUCAUUCUGCAGACUAUAGCCAAAACUCAUCCAAGAACAUUGGUUAAAGCUGGAGCGGUCUCAGAAAUUUUCAGAUUAUGCAUUACGGAAACUGAAAUGACAUUUAAAAUUGUUAGAGAAACUGAGAAAAAAACAAAGUCCAAACUUGGGGUUAUUAUUAUUAUGGAUCUUGAUGGGUUUAGCAUGGAUCUUCUUUACACCCCGACAUUGAAAGUUUACAUGAAUCUACUGACAAUGUUGCAGAAUAUCUUUCCCGAUUUUGCUCGUAAAAUUUUCGUGAUCAACUGCCCAAUGAUGAUGUCGACAAUUUACGCGGCCAUUUCGCCAGUUUUAUCAACUCAAACUCGCGAAAAGAUCAAAUUUCUGGAUAAGGAAUGGAAACAAACGCUUAUUGAUGAGAUUGGAGAAAACAAUGUGUAUACAGCAUGGGGUGGCAAGAAGCCAAUGAAUCGGGAAAAAGGAUUUAUUCGCAUCGGAGGAAAAGUUCAUGAAGACUUGUGGUACAAUGAAUCCCAUAGACUUGAAGAAGGAAAAACAAAACUUACGGUACCAGCCAGGUCAAGAUCAGAGGUGAAAAUUCGCGGAGAGGCUGGAAAAAAGUUUUCAUGGCUCUGGAGGGUCAACGGCGGCGAUUUGGAUUUUAGUAUUGAAAAGGAUGGCCGAGUGGUGUGGCCCGUUUUUCGGAUUAUGACCGAUUACCAUCCGGAAAUCGGAACAUUCGAUAUUGAGGAAGACGGAGAGUUUAUGAAGCUGGUGGUUGUCCUACUGCUCUCUCUAGUUGCACGAGCAGCCGCUAAGAAUGUCUUCGUCUCCUCGCCGUUUGACAAUUUCAGAAUCGAAUGUCCAAAGAGGGCAACUGCUACUGAAAUCAGCAUACGAAUGGUGGAAUCUGUUGGUCAGAAGCGUCAGGAUAUCGUCUUCGACAUGUCCUGCGAAACAGUUGAAGACCUCUAUCCAUGGGUGAACAUUCCCGUGGGAAUCGCUGAUAUUGAGCGAGAAGAUUGCCACUAUUCUGAUAUGAUAGAUCCGAUUCUAGAUGAAAAUACGACUUACACUUGUGCUCCAAGAGAGUAUCUAGCUGGGAUCACAAGACUCAGUGACACCAGGAUCCAAACCAUGUGCUGCCGCUUGCGUUCGCGUGACGAAUUCAACUGCAAGGAACUCGUGUUCAAUAAACCAAUUGGACUCACGAGAAGCACUGUUCUCGAGCAUGACAACCAGCUUAUCAAUGCCAUUAGAAUCAGCGGAAGAAACUAUGUUGUCAGAUUCUGCGAUUUGGCUCCAAGGGGAACUACUGAUAUCAUCGCUGAUGAGAGGAUUCGAAGCACCACACCUUCAGCUCCAACCACGGAAUCGAACACUCUCGAUAAUGUUGAGGCUCCUCUCCCUCAGCCAAUCCAACAGAAGACUGACCCAUUAAAAGUUUUGAAGACUCACAAGCCAUCAAAGGCAGAAUCCGUUCCAACCGCUCAUGUUGAGAAGCCAAUUAUGCCGCUCGUUGAAAUUGAAGAUUCUCAAAAUGUAAUGGAUAUCAGUGGUUCAGCAACUCUAGCUCCUGUUGAGAAUCAACCCCCUACAAGACAACCCGCUGUGGUUCCUCUACCUACCGUGCCAGUCUCGCAAACCGAAGAACCUGUUUUGGAAGAAGCUGUUACUGAAACCAUGUCUGUACAGGAGACCACAUUCCCACAAGAGACACCAAUCUUCAGCCAAAAACUUGUUGAGGAUAUAGUCAGGCAAAUUGGCAGCGCUCAAUCAGAACAGAAAGCUGCGCAGAUUUUCCAGCAGUCAUUGAAUAAACUGAUCCAGAAAUCCCAGCCAGAGCCACCAGUGGAGAUUCCAUCGGAGACAGAACGUCAAACUGAAUUGGUAGCUGGACCACCAUCCGCUCGCCCACCAAUAAGAACACAAAAUAACCCCGAUUUCUCGAAGGUGACAUUCCCGAAUGAACAAUUCCCGCAACCAAAUCAGCACCGACCAGCAUUUUCCAAAGAAUUAUUGCCAAUUAGAAAAGAUCUUGAUCAAGAAGAGUUUGAGAGACUCCAGCCGGUGAACAUGGAGGGCAGGCGAAGAUCACCGAUUCGUACUCAUCGGCAACAUGUUGAUAUUUGGUCUUCCGAGGAGGAUGAUGAAGAGACAAAAAAGAUCAUUAAUGAGAUCAAUGGGUCUGAGGAAAUGAAGGAACCGGUGACAACAACAACUGAAGCGCCAAAAGUGAUCGUUAAAAAGGUGAUCAAGAAAGUUAUUCGAGCUCAUAGAACAACUACAACUACUGAGGCACCAAUGACUACAAGACGUAGAAGAACGAGGCCAACCACUACUAAAACAACCACUACGGAAGCUCCAAGGACUAGAAGACCGCGUGUCAAGACCACCAAGAAAUAUGAGAGCGCGUUCUUCAGCUCAAUUGAAGAUAUGGAUAAUGAUCACUUCAGAGUUACGUCAGCGCCGAUGAUCAAGAUGGCUGGCCGAACAACCACCCCAUCUGCACGUCGCGAUCUUCCAGUCCAGCGAAAAUUGGUUGAAACGCGCACAAAUCAGCAGGAUAAUGCCAGAGACAUUGAUGAGGAAACCAGAUUGUCGCCGUUCGAUGAUCCAGUAACUGAUGAAAAUGCUUACGCCACCGCACCAACAGUGAAUCCGCCAAAGAAAACCGAAAGCAGUUCCCCAAUGAUUGAGUUUCAGGAAGACGAAGAACUUGAAGAAGUUAUUAAUAAAUUGAGCGCAAGACGUGGUGAUAUUCGCCGAGCGCCUGUUCGCAACAGCAUCGCCGCUGCCCAAUUUGCUGAGAAGAUCUCACUUCCAUCAGAAAAUGAUGGCGUCAAAACGCAUGUUCCACGCAAUGGUUCUCCAAUAAAGAUGCCUGAAAUGGAGCCCAUCUCGAUGUCAAAUCUUGAUGACUUAAUGAACGAUGAGAAUGAUGAUGACGAUGAUGACGACACAAUGGAUAUUACUGCACAAAGAACGCAAAAGCCAAUGACAGCAAGCACAACAGAGAAGCAGGAAAGGUCUGACGAAGAGCUUGAUAACGUUAUACCAACGAAUUCAAGACCACUAACAACCACAACUGCUUACAAUCCAAACGUCUUCUACAGAACCCCGAGGCCGAGACCGGCAAAGAAGGAGUCAAUCCUUCGAUUCUGCUCGAAAGAGCUUGCAAUUCGCGACCAAUCGAAUAUGGUCAUUGCAUGCGGAAUCGAUCAAGAGAUUUGGACGCCGAGCCGUUGCCCCGAGAAUGCCGAUUGCUUCAUGUCUCACGACAGCCUCUACCGAAUCUGCUGCCCUGUCCAGCGAGGUUGA